AAAAUACAUUUUAUCCUUCUUUUACGUGUGAUGCCCGCUGGCAUGUUCAGCAUCGACAGUAUUUUGGCUGGGAGACCCAGCUGUAAGGACUCCGUUCUACUGCAUCGGAAUGCCCCGGUUGUGUUCUCUAAUUUGACGGAUUCUCUGUACACUGCUGAUUAUAACGGACUCUAUUCACACCCAACUGGACCAUCAGCAUCAAAUAUCCAGUCAGUAAAUGGAACUAGAAUUGGAUAUAAUAACUAUUAUUACGGGCAACUUCAUGUACAGGGGCCAACUGGUCCAGCAUGCUGCGGCGCAAUACCAACUCUGGGCUCGCAACAGUGUCCAUGCAUUCCUACAGGCUACGAAAGUGCUGGCUCGAUGCUUCUCUCCCCUGUCCCGCACCAGAUGAUGUCGUACAUGAAUGUGGGUACAUUGUCCAGGACGGAGCUUCAGUUGUUAAACCAAUUACACUGCCGACGCAAACGGAGACACCGAACAAUCUUCACCGAUGAACAACUGGAGGCGUUGGAGAACCUUUUUCAGGAAACGAAAUACCCAGAUGUUGGCACGAGGGAACAGUUGGCAAGAAAAGUUCACCUACGUGAGGAAAAAGUAGAGGUGUGGUUCAAAAACAGACGAGCGAAGUGGCGAAGGCAGAAACGAUCCUCCUCCGAAGAAUCAGAAAACUCUCAGAAAUGGAACAAAUCAACUAAAACAGCGACAGAGAAAACAGAGGAAGGGAAAAGUGACAUGGAUUCGGACAGCUGAUUUUCGAACUGAUCGUAUGCGGAUGCGCACGUCUUGCACACGCCAUACCGAUAAGAUUUGGACAGAUUGUAAAUAGUGUACAUUCCAUGUGGAAUUAAGUAAUAAAACGUGUUGCCAUGGUGUUGCACAGUUGUAUAGUAAAUAUUACUUUUAUUAUUGGUAUUUGUAUUUAUAUUUAAUUUAAGACUGUUGUAAUGCGCACACUAUGUGGUGAUACAACAGAAUCCGUUGCCUGUUAUUUUUUUUUUCAAUUGAACAUCACUUUUAACUAUUAAAUGUUGAACUUGAUUAAUAGCUAUGUUUUAACAUAAUUGAAACCUGUAUGCUUGCUCUCCCCCAGAGUUCCACAUCUUGUUUUUAGUUUCCAACUAAAAUGAACUUCAUGAAAAAGUGAAAAUGCGUAUUUAAUAAAGUUAGAAGU